AAAGGGAUGCGUGCGCGCCUAUACUGAAUCGGUAACAAAAAACUACAGAUUUCAAAUUAGGUUGGACACCAUACGACCGUAGCCAUCCGUAUCACAUCUUCACGGAACUGAACAACUUUGGAUUAGUUACUUAUUUUAAUUGUUUUCAAAGGAACGCUCUGAAAAGAAGAAAUGUCUGGGUAAAGCUCAGAUACACUCUCGGUUAUAUAUCUGAUUGUCUUUGCCUACGCAAUAAUUACACUUUGAGAAGAGACUGAAACAAUCAUUCACCUGGACAAACUUGAGAGUUCAAUUCAAGUUUAUUUUACACCUGUGACCUGAUACUGGUCCGAUUUUGGAUGAGGAGAGUAUUUGCCAAAUGGAUAUAAAUGCAAAACUCCGUAUGGUUGAAUUAAAAUCAAACGAAUGAUGACAAUUAAAACGCCAUUGAAACUGUAGGUAAUUCAACCGUGCAACUGUUUCAAACCGAAUUCAUCAUGCGAAUAUUUUAAAGACAAGGUAGGAGUUAAGGAAUACUGUGUAGGCGACUGGGUUUAUAAUAAGGUUUUGUCGGGAUGAUGCGACUGCUAAACUACCUCUUGCUGGGCUACCUGACCUGGAAUCUACGGAUAUCAGACGCACAAGGGGAGUACUGCCAUGGGUGGCUGGACAUUAAUGGAAAUUACCACGAAGGCUUUCAGUGUCCGGAGGACUUUGACACCAUGGACGCGACCGUGUGCUGCGGGUCUUGCUCCCUGCGGUACUGUUGCGCGGCUGUGGACGCACGGCUGGACCAGGGAAGCUGUACCAACGACCGAGAACUGAAUAACACGGAGUUUGCAGCGCAGCCUAUCUACGUGCCCUUCCUGAUGGUGGGCUCCAUCUUUGUGGCCUUCGUGGUGGUGGGCUCCCUGGUUGCCGUCUACUGCUGCACCUGCCUGCGGCCCAAACAGCCUACCCAGCAGGCUAUCCGCUUCUCACUACGCAACUGCCAGGGCGAGACCAUCCCCAUGAUUCUGACCACUGCGCCACCCAGCCUGCGCACCCCCCUCGCGCCAGUCCAGCACGGCCACCAGUUCCAGCUCAGCUGGCGGGAGCAGCUCAGUGCGCCGCUUCUCCCUCGGAGGUCAGGGUCAGCAACACGGGUGCUUGUUGUCAGCGUCUGCACCAAGCACCCGUGUCUUCACCUCCCCCCUCCACACCCCAGCCGCUACUACCACCACCCCCUCCACCCCCCUACACCUCCCCCGCAGCCUGCAUGCCAGGCGGCCGCCAGCACCCUCACCCCCAUGCCCAGCUGCAGCUGCACCAGCCCAUGCACCCACACCAACAGCCUCACCUGGCCCAGGGCACGGGCUUCCUGCUGCCCCAGCAGUACUUCUUCCCCCUACAGCCGGAGCCCUUCUCCGGGGCUAAGGGCUUUGCAGACUUUGGACAGAGCUGACGGGACUUCCUUGGCAACGAGGAGGUGGAUUACAGGAGCACACUGUGGGACGUGAGUAGGGUCAUGUUCAUUUAGCACUAAACAGAAGAAAACAGACCGAAACAACAGGAAGGGACUACCUGAAUCUGCCCAGUAUGACUUUGUUUUAAAUCAGUGAACUGUACUGAACAUGACCCUGGUGUGUUUUGUGGACAGACACACAGUCAUCGGCUACCGGAAGGACUGCCCUGACAUGCACUGCAGUAGGCCUGUUGAAUGGAGACUGGGAGACAGGAGGCUGUGUUCAAGAUAAACCACAAGAAAGCUUCCUAGUCGAGCAGAGUACAUGAGAGUCUUGUCUCUCUAAAUUACGGGAAUGGACUUCUGCUCAGAACAGACAGGACCUGUUUAUUGGUCAUUAUUGUUUUCAAUGUUAGGCACUUUUUUAUAUAUACAUUUCUAUUGUAAACAAUAUUCUGUCUUCCCUUUCUCUUUUAUACACAAUUUGGUUAAAUGGUGAUGUUAAAUUGUCACAAUAACUUUUGUGGCAGCAACAUUAUUAAGUAGUGUUCUACACAUUUUGUUGCGAGCUGUUGGACAUUUAAUCAAAUUAUCAUUUUGACAAUUGCAAGCCCCUAAAAGAGGGGAAGGACUGACACCAAGUUGUGCAGUAGGGUGAACAAAGCCAAAGGAUGUACUGUGUGUACAGUGCUCACUGGCUGAACUAUAAGUUUGUUUUUAUUUAAUGAUAAUAUUAGUCAACACCAGUAUCUAAUUAGUAUUCUAAUGACUAAUUCUAUGAUUGUGAAUACUUGUCAUGCAAUGCUACAACUAGAAGUACAUUUCAAAAAUAUAAAAACACUCAACAGUUGGUCAAUAUUUCUGAAAAUUAAACCUACUCUUUAAUAAUCCAA